GAGGUGUUCUUACACCUGGAAAAGACUAUAUAAGGCUGAUGCCUCAUCUCCAUUUUGUCUUCAAUCCUGCUUCAUACCCAGUGAUGAGCUGCCAAUCUUAGGAACCGGUUCCCUACUGGGUCUUGGGCGGCACAGCUCCAGCGGGUGAAGGACCUGCCGCCGAAGACCCGGUAGGGAACCGCCCGAUUCUAAAGGAUUGGCAACAGCAUGAUUUGUGGCCGAGUCCUGUGGGGAGUGGACAUGAAGUGCUCGGGUGCCUGGAUCCUGCUGAUUGGGGGGUUUAUUUGGCUAUCCUACACCGUGAGGCUGAAGCAGAGAGAGACCCGGCAGGCCGGCCUCAGCCCCAGCCCCAACCCUGACCCCAGCCGUGGCUCGGUGGAGCUGAGCGACGGGACCUUCACCUUCCGCUUGGAUUACGCCGCCUUCCGGGCCGAGUUCCCCCAGCUGCAGAGCUACCAGUGCCGGGAGCUGAUCCCAGGGGACGGGGUUUGCACCGGGCCCCCAGGGCCGCCCCUGCUGCUCCUGGCCGUGAAAUCCCACCCAGCGUCCAGCGCCAGACGGGCCACCGCCCGCCGCACGUGGGCCCGGCCCAGGGUCCUGGGGGGCUACCGGGUCCGAGCCGUCUUCCUCGUGGGGAUGUCCCCUGACCCCCGGCACCUGGCCCUGCUGGAGUGGGAGAGCGGGGAGUUUGGGGACGUGGUGCUGUGGGAUUUCGCCGAGAGCCACCACAACCUGUCACUCAAGGAGCGCUGCUUCCUGCGCUGGGUGGGGGCGCGCUGUGAGCAGGUGGAUUUCAUCUUCAAAGGGGAUGAUGACGAGUUUGUGAACCCCCCCGCUAUGGUGGCCUACCUGAGCCAGACGCCCAACGCCUCCCACGUCAUCCACGGCAACAUCCAGCGCCAUGCAGCCGUGAUGAGAGGGGGGAAAUAUCGCGUCUCCUCCACCCUGUUCCCCCAGGACAAAUACCCCUUCUUCCCCUCCGGGGGCGGGUUCAUCAUGCCCAGGGCCAGCAUCCCGGCCCUGGCCGCGGCCUCCGAGCGCAUCCCCGUCUUCCCGCUGGACGACGUCUACUUCGGCUUCCUGGUGCUGGCCGCCGGGCUGCGGUACCGGCACGAUGAGCGAUUCCAGGUCUUUGGCAUGAAGGACGAGCAGUGUCUGUACGCGGAGGCCAUGUUGGUGCACGGGGUGUCGCUGGACAGGGUGGAGGAGGUGUGGAGGGGGUUGUACGAGGAGCAACAGUGCAAUGGGAUGGGGCCUCUCCCCUCUUAGGGGCGGCAGCUCCCAUCUGGCCCCAGGGCGGGGACUGGCUGGCUCAGGGGGACGGGGAAUGGGGCAGGGGCCUGUCCCCUCUAGGGGGUGCCGGCUCCCAUCCAGCCCCAGGGCAGGGACUGGCUGGCUCAGUGGAGGGGGGGAGAAUGGGACACAGGUCCUUUCUCCUCUAGGAGGCACUGGUCACAUGGGUGUGGCUGGGUGGGGGCACAGAGACACAUGGGGACAGGGGGAGUGGGUUCAGGGCCAUAUGGGGAGUGGGUGUCUGAGUGGGGGUGGACGGACACAUGCAGACAGGGGGUGGAAGGACACAUGGGGGUGCAGGAACACAGGGGGGCAGAUGUGCCUGACUGAUUGGGAGAGGCUCGGGGCAACCAGGGUCUGCAUGGGGGAGGCUCCCUAACAAUCUCUCCCCGCCCCCCGAAAAACCUGUUCCAGACUUUCCCCCACCCAUACCCCAAAACCCUCCAAGUUCACACCCAGGCUCCUUCCCAGCAAUUUACUGCCCCACCAGCCCCUCCGUGACCCCGACUCCCCCCAGCCUUUGCCCUGCUUCUGAGGGGGGUGGGGAGCACGGGUCUGUAUUGUAGUUUAAAUGGAUUCUUACUCCGAGCUCUGUAUGAAUCCGCUCCGUAAGGAAUUGAUUUGUCAAAUAAGCAUUUCCUCGAGCUUGUCUCUUGGCUGUAUUAUUACAGACACACCUGCUGACGGGUAUUUUGCAAUAAAUGACCACAAAUAAUUGAAA